GGGUUAGACGCUCCUUUUUUUCCGAGAGGUUGUGUUUCCUGCUGUGAAGCUCAGUUGCUCACGAACUUAUGUGCAUCGAUGGCAUGCAGUCGCAGGUUUGCUUUGAUGUUUCUAAGGUGAGGUGAGUAACGUGACGAGUUGAAGCAGGCAGAGGGAAAGCUUCAGGCUCAGAUUUCGGGGAAUUUUGUGCAAGGGCUAGAAAGGACGGGUGGUGAAGGAUCUUUGGCAAGAGGCAGCUAUGAGUGGCUGGAAUUAUGUAGUUACGGCGCACAAGCCCACCAAUGUGACGCAUUCGUGCGUCGGUUACUUCACUAAUCCGCAGGAGCUCAAUCUUAUCAUCGCAAAAUGCACUCGAAUUGAGAUUCACCUGUUGACGGCGUCAGGGCUCCAACCCAUGCUCGACGUCCCCAUCUAUGGUCGAAUUGCCACCCUGGAACUUUUUCGGCCUCCUGGGGAAUCACAGGACGUACUGUUUAUAUCGUUCGAGAGAUAUAAAUUUUGUGUACUUCAAUGGGAUGCAGAAACCGGCUUACUCGUUACACGAGCGAUGGGAGAUGUUUCUGAUCGAAUUGGUCGACCUACAGAUAAUGGACAGAUUGGCAUCGUUGACCCUGACUGCCGCCUAAUUGGUCUGCAUCUUUAUGAUGGGCUGUUCAAGGUGAUUCCUAUUGACAACAAAGGUCAACUGAAAGAAGCCUUCAAUAUCAGGUUGGAAGAGCUGCAAGUUUUGGACAUCAAGUUUCUUUAUGGCUGUGCUAAACCUACUAUUGCAGUUCUCUAUCAGGACAACAAAGACGCCAGACAUGUCAAGACGUACGAGGUGCAACUGAAAGAAAAAGAUUUUGGAGAGGGUCCGUGGUUGCAAAAUAACCUGGACAAUGGCGCAGGCUUGUUGAUUCCUGUUCCACUUCCGUUGGGCGGUGCCAUAAUUAUUGGGGAACAGACUAUUGUUUACUAUAAUGGUUCUGUUUUUAAAGCCAUUCCUAUUCGACCGUCAAUUACAAAGGCUUAUGGAAGAGUGGAUAGUGAUGGGUCGCGAUAUUUGCUGAGCGAUCAUAAUGGCAUGUUAUACUUACUUGUUAUUUCGCAUGAUAAGGAAAGGGUAUCAGCCUUAAAUGUGGAGCCUCUUGGGGAGACAUCAGCAGCUUCUACUUUGUCCUACCUGGACAAUGGUGUAGUUUUUGUUGGUUCCAGCUAUGGUGAUUCACAGCUCAUCAGAUUAAACCACCAGGCAGAUGCCAAGAAUUCCUAUGUCGAGGUUUUGGAGAGCUAUGUGAAUUUGGGUCCUAUUGUAGAUCUUUGUGUUGUGGAUCUUGAAAGGCAAGGUCAAGGUCAAGUGGUAACCUGUUCAGGUGCUUUUAAAGAUGGCUCUUUGCGUAUCGUGCGAAACGGUAUUGGCAUCAAUGAGCAGGCUUCUGCAGAGCUUCAAGGCAUAAAGGGCAUGUGGUCUCUUCGGGCAUCAUCUAGUGAUGUCUAUGAUACAUUCCUUGUUGUGAGCUUCAUAAGUGAGACACGUAUUUUGGCAAUGAACACGGAUGAUGAACUUGAGGAGACAGAGAUCGAUGGCUUUGACUCUGAAGCUCAGACCCUUUUUUGUUAUAAUGCGGUCCACGACCAACUUGUACAGGUCACAGCAGGCUCGUUGCGUCUUGUUGAUGCAAAGACUAGAAGACAACUAACAGAGUGGAAAGCCCCGGCACCAAUGACUAUCAACGUUGCUACGGCGAACGCGUCUCAGGUCUUGCUUGCAACAGGAGGUGGAAAUCUUGUAUAUAUUGAAAUAGGGCAAGGUACACUGGUGGAGGUGGCACAUGUACAGUUGGAGUAUGAAAUCUCGUGUUUAGAUAUCAAUCCUGUGGGGGAUAAUCCUGAGCGCAGCAACCUUGUAGCAGUCGGCAUGUGGACAGACAUCAGUAUUCGAAUUUUCGCCUUACCAUCACUUACCUUGAUAACCAAAGAAAUGUUGGGUGGAGAAAUCAUACCCCGUUCUGUCCUCUUCUGCUCUUUUGAUGGGAUUGCGUACUUGUUGUGUGCUUUGGGGGAUGGACACCUGUUCAACUUCACGCUGAACCCUGCUACGGGAGAAUUAUCUGAUAGAAAGAAGAUAUCUCUUGGCACACAACCCAUAGCAUUACGGACUUUUCGAUCCAAAAAUACCACGCAUGUGUUUGCAGCCUCAGAUCGUCCGACUGUGAUAUACAGCAGCAAUAAAAAACUUUUGUAUAGCAAUGUCAAUUUGAAGGAAGUCAAUCACAUGUGCCCCUUUAACUCGGCAUCGUUUCCAGACAGCCUUGCGAUCGGGAAGGAAGGAGAGCUCACUAUCGGCACUAUUGAUGAAAUUCAGAAGCUACACAUUCGCACUGUUCCUCUUGGUGAACACCCUCGCCGUAUCGCCCAUCAAGAACAAUCUCGUACGUUUGCCAUAUGUUCGGCCAAGUAUGCACCAGGGUCCAACGGUGAAGACAUGGAAACGCAUUAUGUCCGGUUAAUUGAAGACCAGACGUUUGAGAUAAUAUCGGGGUUCCCUCUCGACCCGUAUGAAAACGGAUGCUCCAUUAUUACAUGUUCCUUCACUGACGACUCCAAUGUAUACUAUUGUGUGGGCACAGCCUAUGCUCUUCCUGAGGAAAGUGAACCUAGCAAGGGUCGAAUUCUUGUUUUCUCGGUGGAGGAUGGCAAGAUCCAGCUGGUAGCAGAGAAGGAAGUGAAGGGUGCUGUUUACAAUUUGAAUGCUUUCAAUGGGAAAUUGCUAGCAGGCAUCAACCAGAAGAUUGCUUUAUACAAGUGGACACUAAGAGAUGAUGGAACAAGGGAGUUGCAGUACGAGUCCUCUCACCAUGGACAUAUCUUGGCUCUGUAUGUUCAAUCACGUGGAGAUUUUAUUGUUGUGGGAGAUUUGAUGAAAUCAAUUUCGCUUCUUAUUUACAAGCCUGAAGAGGGUGCAAUCGAGGAGAGAGCUCGAGACUACAAUGCUAAUUGGAUGACAGCCGUUGAGAUUUUGGAUGACGACACAUACCUGGGAGCAGAAAAUAGUUUCAAUCUUUUCACAGUAAGGAAAAACAAUGAUGCAGCUACAGAUGAAGAAAGAGGUCGAUUGGAAGUUGUCGGUGAGUACCAUCUUGGCGAGUUUGUUAACAGAUUUCGCCAUGGGUCGCUUGUAAUGCGACUUCCUGACAGCGAAGCUAGCCAAAUCCCAACUGUCAUCUUUGGAACCGUGAAUGGAGUUAUAGGAGUCAUUGCUUCCCUACCACAAGACCAGUUCUUAUUCCUGCAGAAGCUACAACAGGCUUUGGUGAAGGUGAUUAAAGGUGUUGGUGGUUUAAGCCAUGAGCAAUGGCGAUCUUUCAGCAAUGAGCGGAAAACUGUGGACGCUCGGAACUUCUUAGAUGGUGACUUAAUAGAGUCUUUCUUGGACCUGAGUAGAAACAAGAUGGAAGAAAUUGCCACUUCGCUCGAGGUUUCUGUUGAAGAACUUCACAAAGCAGUAGAGGAGCUCACUAGGUUACAUUAAAUUACGUAGUCCUACCAUCCGACUCCAGGCCUAUCUGUAAGCGAAGGUCGACGCAGAAAUUUGUUGUCAUGACGUUACUGUGGAGUCAUUCCUGUUAUGCAGUCAAUCUUUAGUUCUCCAUGGGUGCUGUUCCCGUAUGUGUAGUAUGUAAUGAAAACUGUGAAGAUUCAAAUCCUUACCAAAUGCUACAGGUACCAAAAGUGGGUUGAAGUAGGUGAUUUAAUACCAUGCUUGUCUGUCUUAACAUAUUUUAAACCAUGACAGACAAUACAUCCCAGUAUUAUUAUUUCUA